GGGAGCUUACUGUUACCUAGCCAUAGCAUGCUGCCACAAUGACACUGGUUUUGAAAAACAUGCAAAAUGCCGUCAGAUUAAGAACACGCAUCAUACGAAAAGAUGUGAAUAUUUUAAGAAGACUGAUGAAUCUAGAACGUUACGAUGUGUCUCUCCUGUUUGUGACCGAUGAAUAUAUUGCUACUCUCAACUCUAAUUACAGACAAGUGCAUGGUCCUACAGAUGUCUUGUCAUUUCCCGCACUUGAGAUUACACAGGCAGGAAUGCUACCAACACAUGGCGAAUCUGAUGGCGAUGAACUGUGUCUUGGUGACAUUUAUAUAGCACCUGCUUAUAUUCGAAAAGAGUGCCAGAGCCAUGGUGAUAACUUUCACAAUGUGAUGAUGGUAUGUGAAAGUACAAAAAUACAAAUCCUUGCACUUUACAUUUAUCUUUUUUAUCCAAGAUCUACAAAUCUUACACCUGGCAACUGUGACUCAUGGGCUUUGCCAUCUUACUGGGCUAGACCAUGAGACAGAAGAUGAUUGGCGCCACAUGGUGGAGGCAGAGAGAGACAUACUUUCAAGGUUCAAUAAACUCUCAGGCUGCAAUUGUCGGGCGCUCACCUCUUGUGGACACUAAAAUAUAUUUAUGAACAAUGCUAGACCUUUUCUCUUUGUAAUCAAGAUGUGAUGAAGCAUGUUGUACAUGUAUAUAUAUUCUUUGCAAAAUAAGUUAUAUAAGCGAUUUAUAUUUAAUGAUUGUUUAAUGAUUGCUUAUUUCUCUGGUCCAUGUUUAUGUGUUGUUAACCAUUUGAUUAUCUUUGAUGCUGAAACUUUGUUGUCUAAUACUGCAUGAAAUUAAUGUAUGCUAUCCUAUAUGAUUGUGUAUAUGCACAUAUGUGUGUAUAAAAUGUGUGAAGUGGAGGAGGUUGAGGAAUGUGCAGGUACACACCCUUUGUCUCUAACCGCAUGUUGCAGGAGUACUUCUGCUUUCAAGAAUGAUGUUUGCUCUGUUUGAACCAGCAUUUUCCUCUGGAGCAUUGUUAUGUGAAUGUUUACGUUACCCAAGAUUUUUGAGUGUCUUAAAAAUAAAGCAAAUUUUAUCAAAGUGAUAUUGACAUCAUUUCAUAGAGACCCCUAUGUAUGGGUGUGUGAGAGAGAAAAAUCGCAGUUUUAGUUUAUUCCUUGUUACUCCUCGGGGCCGCAACAACACCUUGCCAGUGGACCUGCCUUUGGGCAGCCUUCAGAGGGCCCAUGUGGUACGACGUCAUUUGCCUCCCGUUCUGCUGUUCUUUUCCAAGUCUGCUUUGGUCUCCCAACUCUCCUCUUCCCCUGAGGGUUCCAGUCAAGUGCCUGCCUAUCAAUGGUGUCAGCUGGUUUGCACAGGGUG